CGCCCGCCGGCCUCCGCGCGCCGCCAUGGACGCCUUGCCCGGCCUCCUGGGCGUCCCGCAGGCCGAGGUGCUGGAGGACGUGCUGCGGGAGCAGUUUGGGCCGCUGCCCCAGCUGGCCGCCAUCUGCCGGCUCAAGCGGCUGCCCUCGGGCGGCUACUCGUCGACCGAGGACCUCCAGUUGGUGCUGGAGCGGCGGCGCGUGGCCAACGCCAAGGAGCGCGAGCGGAUAAAAAAUCUCAACCGUGGUUUUGCCAAAUUGAAGGCACUGGUGCCAUUUCUUCCCCAAAGUAGGAAGCCUAGCAAAGUUGAUAUUCUUAAAGGUGCAAUUGAAUACAUCCAAGUUCUCAAUGAUGUUUUGGAAGGAGCCAAAGACUGUGAGAAACAAGACCCAGAUCAUCAGAACUAUAGCAACAAUACUUCUGAACCACAGAUAUCCUUGGCUAGAGAGCUAUCGAGAAACAUCACCCAACAUGCCGGCUGUGCUGUGGGCUUGAAGAAUGAGGAGGAAGGGCCCUGGGCAGACGGUGGCCGUGGUGAGUCGGCAUACGCUUGCUGCCAGCGUGUGGUGUCUACGACUGGAGUUACCUCCCCAACCAGGAGUCUGGAUAAAUCCCCAGAAGAGAGACUCCUGAGACACAAGCUCCCUCAAGUGUGAAAAGUGAAAAGACCAGCCCAGGGCUACCUUCUUGAGACAAAUAAAUGCAGUC